AUGAAACCGUUAAAAAGAGUUCUUGAAGAGGAGACGCGUGGUGCAGGUGAUUUUUCAACCAUGUCAGACAGCGACGCGUUUGAUGAUGACGGUUAUCCUCUUGACCUGUCCAGCGGAGGAGCAGCAGGGGCCUCUGGGAAGCGCCGUCGCCGUGGCAACCUCCCCAAAGAAGCAGUUCAGGUUCUGAGAAGCUGGCUGUAUGAACAUCGCUUCAAUGCGUACCCUUCAGAACAGGAGAAACUCAGCCUCUCUGGCCAGACCAGUCUUUCUGUCCUACAGAUCUGUAACUGGUUUAUCAACGCCAGGAGGCGGCUUCUCCCAGACCUGCUCCGAAAAGACGGCAAAGAUCCCACUCAGUUCACCAUCUCCCGCCGAGCCGCAAAAUCCGACGGCCGACCAGCCUCUUCACCCGAAAGCCCCGCCCCCCCUGCCCUGUCCUCAUCCCGCCCCUCUGUCAUCCGCCCCGCCCCCACGCUGGAUCUCAGUCUCCUGGGGAAGACAGCCACAGCCAUCCUGGCGGGCGGGGGCUGCUUGUCUGGGCCUGAUGGGGCGGGCAGAGACGCUGGGGUCCGAGCUCUGAUGCAGAUGGACGCUAAGGGUUUGCUAAGGAAAGAGGGCCAGGCCGCAGCCCGUCUGGACCACCAGACCUCCAUCCCACCCCCUGCCACCUGCAUCCCCAGCCUCGGUACGGUGAGCCCUACAGGGGGCCUGUUCAACACUCCACCCCCUACCCCUCCGGAGCUCUGCCCACAUGACUUCAGCGACCUGAAAUUGCUGGUAGAUGCGGCGCUGCAGAGGGCGGCCGAGCAGGAGAGCCAGAAACGCCAGCAGAGACGGGAUGAGGGAACGCCGGCCACUGUGUCGUCUGGAACUGCCCAGAAACCAAGCGAGGAUCCAGGACCAGAGCGCAACUCCAGUGUUACCAGCACCAGCCCCAGUAACACGAGUCUGAUUCCUGCAGGUGCCGCUGGCUCACCUCCCAGCCCAGCGGAGAAACCAGUUCUCCCAGUGUCUGUCCCAGUGCCAGAGGCCCAUGGCCAGCAGGAUCCAGUGGUGGCAGAUUCAGGUGUGACUGGGAACAGUGGGAGCCUGACUGUGGGAGCGGAGAACUGUUCGCCAUCAACAGGCCUGUGGAGUGUGGUACACAGCGAGGUCAGACAGACCAGCCCAGCUCAGAGUCCAGUCACACCCGUCUGGGCUCCACCUCACACACGCCACACUGUCAGGGAAACCGUCAACUGA